UAAAUUCUCACCAACUUCAACCCCAUCCAAACAGUCAGAGUCACUUCCCCCGUUGCCUCCCUCGAGCAGCUCUUCGUUGUUCUCCACCGCCUCCACUUUUAGAAGCCGACCGAGCAUUCAUUCAGUGGUCUCAGAAAUGGCACUGCAACAUACGAUUGGGUUUCAACAUCUUUUCUCUCAUCCUCUUAAAGAGCAAUUUUUUAAGGAUUCCUCUUAUUCCUCCAUUGCUGCUACCACUACUACUAAUCAGUUUAAGGGAAAACGAUGGAAAACUGAUGUGCUUUCCUCGAGGAUGGACAAUUCUACCUUGUCAAUGUCAUCACCAAACUUUCUAAAGCAGGCUGGUGGUUUCAGAUUAGGCAAAUUAAGAGCUUCUAGAAUAGCUGAAAGACUCAAGCCUGAUGACGAUGGGGGGAAUAAGGAUGGAGAAGCAUCUAGUGGGAAUGAUGGGGAGGAUGAUGAUCCCUUACUUAUGGAUGAGGAAGAGAGGCAAGAAUGGAGGAGGAAGAUUAGAGAAGUGAUUGAUAUGAAUCCGGAUGUCGAAGAGGAGGUAGACCCUGUCGAGAGGAGGAAGAAGAUGCAGAAGCUUUUGGCUGAUUAUCCACUUGUUGUGGAGGAGGAGGAUCCUGAUUGGCCUGAAGAUUCUGAUGGGUGGGGUUUCAGCUUGGGUCAAUUCUUUGACAAGAUUACUAUUAAAAAUGUCAAGAAGGAUGAUGAUGAUGAGAAUUAUGAUAGUGAAAAUGAAUUGGUGUGGCAAGAUGACAAUUACAUUCGUCCAAUCAAAGACAUCACCACCAGAGAAUGGGAAGAGACUGUAUUCAAGGACUUCAGUCCUUUGAUUGUCUUUGUGCAUAAUCGAUAUAGAAGACCACUGGAAAAUGAAAGGAUGCGGGAUGAAUUGGAGAAAGCUGUAAAUAUCAUAUGGAACUGUUGGCUACCAUCACCAAGACAGAUGAGUUGUCAAAAAUAAUGGCAUUCUUUUAUUAUGGAGCAGCCAAACCGCCAAGCUUAAAUACCAUUGGAAAGAGAGAAGAACCAAUCCCUACCAUUUCAAUCAACAGUGAACAGUGUCAGAAUAAAAGCUGUACAUAACUAUAUAUAUAUGUAUGCUAUAGUUUAGAGAAUGAGAGUUUCUGGGUUAGCGAUGCUGUGUUUACCAU